GUCUCCUAGCAACCGCUGGGCUGCCCGAGAUUGAAGGGUCCCGGAAGUGAGAGGCUAGGGCUGGGGUGGGAGGAUCCCAGGACCCAAAGUCAGGCUUCCCCGAUUGGCCUUCCGUGAGGGUCAGACGCCCUUCUCCCAGUGUCGGAGGAAUCCGACACGUGAUGGUCAGACCCGCUGCUCCGACCGACGAACCCUGUGAGCGCCAUGGCUCCCAAGAGGCUGCCCUGCCUGCUGCUGCCGCUUGCCACGCUGGCACUGCUGCUGCUGUCCCCACUGCCCCAGGCCGAGGCUCGUUCCUUCCUGGUGGACCGGAAAAAUGACAGGUUCCUCCUGGACGGCGUCCCGUUCCGCUACGUGUCUGGCAGUCUGCACUACUUUCGGGUACCGCGGGUGCUUUGGGCAGACCGGCUUUCCAAGAUGUAUUUGAGCGGCCUCAACGCUGUGCAGUUUUACGUGCCCUGGAACUACCAUGAGCCAGAGCCUGGGGUCUAUAACUUUAAUGGCAGUCGCGACCUCAUUGCCUUUCUGACUGAGGCAGCUAGAGCAAACCUGUUUGUUAUACUAAGACCAGGACCUUACAUCUGUGCAGAAUGGGAGAUGGGGGGCCUCCCAUCCUGGUUGCUUCAAAAACCUAAAAUUCAUCUGAGAACUUCAGAUCCAGACUUCCUUGCUGCAGUGGACUCCUGGUUCAAGGUCUUGCUGCCCAAGAUAUAUCCAUUUCUCUACCACAAUGGGGGUAACAUCAUUAGCAUUCAGGUGGAGAAUGAGUAUGGUAGCUACAAGGCCUGCGACUUCAGCUAUAUGAAACACUUGGCUGGGCUCUUCCGUGCAUUACUUGGAGACAAGAUCUUGCUCUUCACCACAGAUGGGCCUGAAGGAUUCAAAUGUGGCUCCCUUCAGGGACUCUAUACCACCGUAGAUUUUGGCCCAGCUGACAACAUGACUAAAAUCUUUGCCCUGCUUCGGAAGUAUGAGCCCCAUGGGCCGUUGGUGAACUCUGAGUACUACACAGGCUGGCUGGAUUAUUGGGGCCAGAAUCACUCCACACGGUCCAGCCCAGAUGUAACCAGAGGACUGGAAAGCAUGUUGAAGUUGGGAGCCAGUGUGAACAUGUACAUGUUUCAUGGCGGUACCAACUUUGGGUACUGGAAUGGAGCUGAUGAGAAGGGCCGCUUCUUUCCGAUUACCACCAGCUACGACUACGAUGCACCCAUAUCUGAAGCAGGGGACCCCACAGCCAAGCUUUUUGCGCUUCGAAAUGUCAUCAGCAAGUUCCAGGAAAUUCCCUUGGGACCUUUACCUCCCCCAAGCCCCAAGAUGAAGCUUGGACCUGUGACUCUCAAGCUGGAUGGGAGCUUGCUGGCUUUCCUAGACUUUCUCUGCCCCCAGGGGCCCAUCCGUUCAUUUUUGCCAUUAUCCUUUGAGGCUGUCAAGCAGGACCAUGGCUUCAUGUUGUACCAGACGUAUUUGACUCAUACUGUUUCUGAACCAACACAAUUCUGGGUGCCACGUAACGGAGUUCAUGACCGUGCCUAUGUGAUGGUAGAUGGGGUGUUCCAAGGUGUCCUGGAACGAAAUAUGAGACCCCAACUAUUUUUAACUGGGAAAGUAGGGGCUAAAGUGGAUAUCUUGCUGGAGAACAUGGGGAGGCUCAGUUUUGGGUCUAACCGCAGUGACUUCAAGGGCUUGUUAGAGCCACCGAUUUGGGGGCGAACCAUUCUUACUGAGUGGAAGAUAUUCCCUCUGAACGUUGACAAGCUUGCAAGGUGGUGGCUUCCCCUCCAUUUGCAGAAAAGACCACAGCCUCAAGGUCCUUCUGGCCCAACCUUCUACUCUACAACAUUUAAAAUUUUAGGCUCGGUUGGGGACACAUUUCUAUAUCUACAUGGAUGGACGAAGGGCCAAGUCUGGAUCAACGGGUUUAACUUGGGUCGGUACUGGACAAAGCGGGGGCCACAACAGACCCUGUACGUACCAAGGCCCCUGCUGCUUCCAACAAGAUCCAAUAAAAUCACAAUCCUGGAGUUAGAAAAUGUGCCUAACCCGCCCCAAAUCCAAUUUCUAGAUAAGCCUAUCCUCAACAGCACCUUGCAUUCAACAUAUAUGUAUUUUCUCUCAGAAAAACAAAAUACUUAUCAACCAAUGGAGUUGAGUGGGCACUGAACAAAAGGUGACCCCAGAACCUGGGACACAGGGCAAGACCCUUCAGUGUUGGUCGCAGUGACUAUACAAAGGAUAAAGUACCUUUGAUUGUAAGUACAAGUACAGUUUCCUUGCCAAACUUUAUUGUGAUUAAAGACAGUACCAGCUCCACACACCCCUGUGGCCCUGUCUUUGCCCUGGUUCCUUAGCAUCCUUCACCCUAGUCUUCCAAAUAACCCUGUGCUUGAUGGAGAAAAAGAAACAGAGCUUGAGAGUGGGUCCUCUCGGGGCCUAGCCCGAGCCCAGCUGGCUGAAAGACAUCAGGAAGAAGGCCUCGAUGCCCGACUGCGAUGAUUUUGGAGGCACCGUGUGGAGCAAAAACUGAAGUCAAGGUAGUGAAAUGGAAUGAGGCCUUGGAGUGACACUCCACAACUCCAGCAGCGUCUGAACAAGAGGAAGAAAAGUGGCUGGAUGGGUAUCCCAGGAACUCCCCAGACCUUGAAGGUCUCAGAAUAGCUCAAAUCCCCUUAGCAACCCUUCUGAACACCAUGUGGGCUACUCAUUCCACUUACUCCAAAUAGUCUUUACAGCACAGGAGCCUGCCCCCCAACACUUACCCCGUGGCACCAUACCCAGUGUUGACUGUAGACUCAGGAACUAGAGACGAGCGGGCUUCCAACUGUGCAGCAAGGCGACGCUCUGCAGCAAGAGCUCUCUGAGAAAGAGAAGGUCUGUUAAGGACAAAGCCCUGUGUGAACAGCAUGCUCAGAAAGUGACAUCUGCACUCGGGACAGGAGGAAGCCUAUGAGGACUACUGUGGAGGAGCCGUUGGCUUCACCUUUUCCCGGUCACUGAGGGCAGCAAAUCGCUGCCGCUCUUGUCGCUCCUGCGCUUCCUGCUCCUGCUGCUUCCACUGCUGCUCCUCCCGCCGUCGCCGCGCUGCCUUCUGCUCUCUCUUGCGUGUAGCCUGCCGGGCCUCCAUUUCCUUCGUGAGUGGCCCUGGCACCUGGAGGAUUUCCGGAAGAGAUUAAGACCUACACAGGCUAUCCUUUACAAAGCUGCAAGGAAGAGAAAAGGACCUAUGGUGCCCUCCCACUGUCCUCCUUGUCCAGCUGACCUGAGCCUUGCUGUAAGCAUGGGCAUCAGGAUACUUCUCCAUGAACCUUCGGAACUCGUUCCGUGUUGGUUUGUCAGCUGCUACAGUAUAAGGCGGCCGAGCCCUGGAGUCCCUAGGUGCAAAAUCCAAAAACUGGGUUCAACAUGCCUCCUGCCUUUCCUAGCAUCACCAAUCCAAUCCAAGGAAAUAAUGUAAGAGCCGAUGCCAACAUGAGCUACCCAACUAUCCUCUUCAUCCCCAACCUGGCUCGGUGGAGGCUCUCACUCACUGCACAGUGGGGUCAGCGCCUGCCUCCAGCAGAAGACGAACUACGGAGCCUCUUCCAGCUGCUGCUGCUGCAUGCAGGAGAGUGAAGCCACCAGGGCCCAAGGGGGCAUUGAGUAGGGACAUAACUCUGGGGUCUGCAGGCCCAGCAGCUAGCUGGAGCUUCAGCACUUCAACCUCUCCAGCCCGGCAGGCAGCUAGAAGCACAUCCGCCAGCUGUGGCUGAGCAGAAGCUUUGGCCUCAUCAACCGAAGUGCCCAAAGGGGCUGUACCCUCCUGGACCGACUGGGAGAAUGGCUCGUCUUCUUGAGGUUGCUGGAGAAGCAUCUUAUGUGCCUCAGACUGUUGGUCUUGACUUCUCUCUUUCUUGUUCCUCUUUUUCCUCCUCCGCUUGGGCAAUACUUCAAACUCUCGAAGAUCCAAGGUCCUCAUAGUCACUUCCACUAGCUCCAACUCCAUCUGGGAGUCAUCAUCUCCCUGUGACCCUGAACCUAGAGAAAAAUAUGCUAUGUUAAUCCCAUGUAAGGAAUAAGCAGCAAGUGGAAGGAUGUGGGCUUCCUCAGAUGCACUGUCUAUAAAAAGAUAAUCCAGAGCAUUCUGAAA